AGGCCGAACUUUGAUAAAGUUAAAAGUGUGUAUGACUUGGCUCCUCCUUCAUUAGAAAAAACGUUGGUUGGAUGUGUUCUACAGAGGUCGUCGGAAGCUUAUGAAGAAGCUAAAAAACUCCUUGUUUUGAUGGAUAGUGGUAAAUAUGAUGAACCAUUGCUGCUAUCGAGACUUGAUGCCUCUUUAAUACGGGUGCUGUCUUCAGUUAUAAUAGAUCGUACUGUUCUGGAAAAAAUUGCUGCUAAAAUUCCGCUCAUAGCUAACGUUGACGAAACAGUGAUUAGAGUGUUGGAGAUUCUUCGGUCUUCGGUGCGCCACAAAAAGGAAGUCUCGGCUGAUCUAUCUCAAAUGGUAGAUGCAAACUCAAAACGAUCGUUUUUUGAGAGUUCCGAAGAUUCAUCUGACGUUUCAAAAAAGCGGAUCAAAGAAAAUGACUGA